CGGUCAUGUGAUCACCUGUGUCCAAUCACAGCUGAUCACUGAUGAUCAGUGUGGCCCCAGAAGUGCCACCUGUCAGUGCUCAUCAGUGCCAUGUGCCAGUGCCCAUCAGUGCCACAUCAAUGCCCAUCUGAGCUGCUUUUCAAUGUCACCCAUCAGUGCCAGUCAGUGCUGCCAAUCAGUGCCACCUAUCAGUGCCAGUCAGUGCCAUAUAUCAGUGUCAUGUAUCAGUGCUGCCUUUCAGUGCCCAUCAGUGAUGCC